AUGCCUCCACGAGAGCCUACCUUUAAAUCAAAGUACUCACAUAGGCCUGCAGCAACCUAUCUCGACAAUCUCAGAAAUAAUCGUCCUGCCAGACCGACCGGAUCCAGACCUGCGCCAUUUCCAUCCAGGAAUUAUGGCUCCCUAACAUCCCAGUCUUCGUUGGCACGGUCCGACUCGGCUCCAACUACUGGCUCUAAGCAUGAAGAUGCCCAAGAUGAUUUUGAAAGCGGGCCUCCGACUGUACAAAAGUCCUUUUCAUUCUCAUCUACUUCCAGAGGUCGACCUCUCGCACAGCCUCCAGACAGUGAUCGCCCGCUCCUGAGUGGAAGGAAAGUGUCUCCAACUGCAACUGUUCAGGUUCCCUCAGUUGCUCAAGAAGGAGUGUACAUCGAGUCUGUUACGCGAAGGCUGGAAAAAGAGGAAGCACACAGUAUACGGGAAGCGUUGGAGCUUAUCGACCAAAAGGAUGAAGAACGAAGGAUCUAUGAUGCGGCCAAAGACGAAGCCGCCGAGCUGGUCUGGAAACAUCAAUACCCCAAAGCCGCAGAAGAAGAAAAGGUGGCUCCCUAUCGAAACCCAGACUUGAAGGCCAGGGAGAGACGACAGAAUAGCGGGCACCGUCAGGCUAGCGGUUCCAGGAAAGUCUCUUUUCCUACUCCGAACAGCAAGAUAUAUGAAGAACCAGAACCCGAAGAGGAAACGUCAAGACCGUCUGCUGCGCCUCCUAGCACGGACAUGCCACUGAGAGCUAAGUCACGCAACAGACUUCCCUGGCUGAGAACGAAAAGUCUGGAGAAGGAAGGGGAUCCCACACCGGUUCCGCAGGGUAAAAAGUUCGACCGUUUCGAGAUUCACAGAAAUCCACCGACCCAGUCACGUAAAGCCGACUACACAGAGAACACACCUCCACGGACAUCCACCGUCGAAGUGAUCGAGGAAGUUGACACCCCCAAUUCCACUGGCACUUUGGAAAUUCGGAGUGAAGAAAUUCGAGCAGCAACUAGCAUGAAGAGGAAAGACCGCAGCCCUAAUCUUCCUACCCCAACAGCGGUUAGCGAUCAACUUGGUCGACCGAUUGUCAGCUUUGAUCCGACGUGGAAACGACCCAGUAACUCGCCGAGGACAAGUAUGGAUGUCGACAAACCGAGCUUGGUGUUGACGGAGGCACCGGCAGCACGACCUUCGCCGAGGCCAGCGCCCAGUGUACCAGAAGUCUCGGUAUCUGCCCCGGCCAUACCUACGAUCAAUAUCCCAGACGAUGGGCCAGUGAUUCCAGUCAUUCAUGUGCAGGGAGACGAUGCCUCCCCAACAGUGUCAGUAAUUAAUGUCUCGGAUCAAUCCCAUCCUGCUCCGACCACGUCCAGACCUUUGCCAAAGCACUCAUCUUCUGCACCGACGAAACCCAGCGGCACCGUGGUUAAAACGCCCUCACAGCGCCUUCCCUGGCUUUCAUCUCGACAGUCGAUGCCCACUGUGUCAUGCUCGAGCUGUGCACUGCCCAUUUCUGGUCGCAUCGUGACAGCCUCGGGUUCUAAUGCACGCGACCUCAAAGCCCGCUUCCAUCCUGAAUGCUUUACUUGUCACCACUGUGCCACACCCCUCGAGUGUGUGUCCUUCUACCCCGAGCCGGAUUCAUCACGCCUUUCCCGUCUCGGAAUCACCUCUACUUCCGACCCCGAUUCCGCCGAGCCUCCCAAUCUCACCUCGGACGACCUUGCACUUCUCGAGAACGAUCCCCUGAGAUUCUUCUGCCACUUGGAUUUCCACGAGUUCUUCUCGCCUCGGUGUCGAAGUUGCAAAACCCCCAUCGAAGGAGAGAUUGUAAUCGCGUGUGGUCACAGCUAUCACGUCGACCACUUUUUCUGUGCGGAAUGCGGAGACCCGUUCUCGUCCACCACGCCAUUCGUGGAGGGGAACGACGGAUACGCCUACUGUGUGCGGUGCCACACGAAACGCACAUCUGCCCGAUGCCGGGGCUGUAAAUCACCUAUCCUAGACGAGAUCACGGUGGAGGCGUUGGGCGGCAAAUGGCACGGUGCCUGCUUCGUGUGCUGCGAAUGCGGUGGCGGCUUCGGCGACGAGGGGAGAUUCUUCGUCCGAGAGGUGCACGUCGAGCCGACGGACAAGGAGAAGAGGAAGGGCAUCACGAGGAAAGUGGAGGAACGCGCAGUGUGUGGAGGUUGCGAGGAGAGGCGGCUGAAGGCUUGA